GGUCGCGUUGCAUGUUUAGUUUGUUAAUUCUCGGUUCUGAUAAUGAGAUCUUCAUGUGUAUUAGUUCAUGGUCUUUUGCACUUGAGCAUAUUCUCGUUACGUUUUGGGUCUCAUGAUGUAGAUUCUUGAGAAUGACGAACAGCUUUGAUCAAUUUAAUAUAGAAAUCUCUGUUUGAUGUUUGUUGUAUAAGUUCCUCUGUUUCGCUUAUAAGGACAAAAGUAAGAAAGAAAACUUGUCCAAAUGAGAUACUCCAAAGAACUAAAGAAGAUAAGAAAUCCAAAGAUAAGACUCAAUUAUAAAAAGUGAAACCCAUCUUGGGGAUGAGUCUGGUCUGGUCGUGAAGUUGACAUUUCUCUCUUCCUAUUUCUUUUCUCAAUUCGUUUCUGUCAUCAUCCAUCCCCAAACUCAAAAAAAAAAAAGCAUGGAACUUCAAGUUCGACUUCGUCAACUCAUCAUCUUCUUCUUUCUCUUAUUGACCGUUCUUGAACAUGCUUCUUGUUCUCGGAUUUUGAGAAUCGCCAAGCCUGAUAGGCACGAUAUAGCCGCAAGCGCUCGUUGGCUCGUCUCUCAGAACAUUUGGGGUGUUCUCAGCACAUUGUCCAUUGAGCAUGAUGGAGCACCUUUCGGGAAUGUUGUGUCAUAUAGUGAUGGUCUGCCGGGGAAAGGCAAGGGUAUACCAUACUUUUACUUGACAAUGCUUGAUCCAACCACAAGAAACGCAUUAAAAGACUCGAGGGCUUCAUUCGCAAUCAGUGAAUCUCCCAUUGGAACUUGCAAAAGAGAUCCUAUGGACCCUACUUGUUCUAAACUAACCCUCACCGGAAAGUUGUUGCAACUGGAUGAAGGAUCUGAGGAAGAGAAAGUAGCCAAAAAAGCUCUCUUCACUAAGCAUCCAGAGAUGAUGGAUUGGCCCAAGGGACAUGAGUUCAGUGUCUUCAAACUGGAGAUAAUGAAUAUAUUUCUGAUAAACUGGUACGGUGGAGCUAAAUCCAUCACUGUAGAUGAAUACCUUCGUUACAAGGAGACCAAAGUCGUCUGGAGCUGAGCAAAAGGUGAAGAAGAAGCAUAUCAUGAAACUUGUAUAUUGGUAACACAUUAAAAGUGUGUUCAACUCUUCUGUAAAUGACUGUUGUUCAUAGCCUUUCAAUUACUUUUAUGUGGACAUGAUGAAUAUAAAAGUAUUCAUAACUUACCACAAACCAAAUUCAAGAAAGUACAGUAUAUACAAAUAUAUUGCUGUGAAUAAAAUUUACAAGUUUCUUCUC